AAUGACACAACGAAUGACACUAUUGACUGACAGCAACAGCCGGUGGCCGGUAGUGAGAGGUGAAGUGACAGGAUAAGAUACUUUACAUUUCCUUUUAAGGCAAACAUAACCGCUACAGUGGUGAUUAAGAGAAAAACUAGAUUACACUCUUAUCUGUUCUAAAAACUAAAAAAAGGAUAUAAGUGAAGUUCGAACAAACCUUGAUAAAAAAAAACUUUGAAACGCUAUUGUAUUAAGGUUGGGAUAGACUAAUAAAAUGUCGUACGCCUGCAAAAACAUAUAUGCCACCUUGCCAAAAACCCAGAGAGGACAACCGAUUGUCUUAGGAGGUGAUCCAAAGGGAAAACAUUUUUUAUAUACCAAUGGCAAUUCUGUCAUCAUAAGAAAUAUUGAGAAUCCCGCAAUAUCUGAGGUUUAUACGGAACACUCUUGCCAGGUGAAUGUUGCCAAGUAUUCUCCCAGCGGAUUUUAUAUAGCUUCUGGAGGAACAUUCUCGUUUCGUGCAAGCAGUCAAAUAUUCACCAUCGGGAAAUUUAUUUGCUUCUGCUGGAUUUGAUGGUAAAGUUUUCCUCUACGAUGGUACUACUUCUGAGCUUGUGGGUGAAGUGGGCAGCCCCGCUCAUUCAGGAGGAGUCUACGGAGUAUCGUGGAGUCCUGACGGAAAACAGUUGCUGACGGCCAGUGGGGACAAGACCGCCAAGCUAUGGGAUAUCGAAACCAGAAACAUUGUGUCCGAGUUUGUAAUCGGAAACACUGUAGAAGAUCAACAGGUUUCCUGUCUUUGGCAAGGCAAUCAUCUUCUCACGGUAUCCCUGAGUGGUUUCAUAAACUACUUGGACGUUAAUAAUCCAUCAAAACCUCUCAGAAUAGUCAAGGGUCACAACAAACCCAUAACAGCCCUCACAUUGAGCGAAGAUAGGUCCACUAUUUUCACAGCAUCCCAUGACGGAUUUGUUACCAAGUGGAAUGCCGAAACUGGAGAAAAUGACAGAGUGGAAGGUGUUGGUCAUGGAAAUCAGAUAAACGGAAUGGUGACCCAUGACGGAACGUUGUAUACCUGUGGGAUUGAUGAUAGCUUGAAGCAAGUCGACAUUGAGGGGAAUACUUACAAACCGCAACAGCUCAAACUAGGUUCUCAACCCAGGGGUAUGGAUGUGCUCAGAGAAGAUAAUAUCAUUGUGACUGCCAGCAUAAAUGAACUCACGCUUUCCAAAGAUAACCAGAAACUCAGUAGCUUGAAAGUUAACUACGAACCGACUUGUGUAAGCUGUUCGCCAAAAGGCCACAUAGCUGUAGGAGGAGAAGUUGACAAGAAGGUACACAUUUACGAGCUUCAAGGUAAUAAUUUGAGUCCUCUUUCGGAGUUGACUCAUUUGGGAGCCGUAACGGACGUUGCAUAUUCACCUGACUACAAAUAUCUUGUGGCUUGUGAUGCCUACAGAAAAGUGGUACUUUACAGUACAGAAGAUUAUAAGCUUGCCAAUAACAAAGAGUGGGGAUUCCACAAUGCCCGUGUCAAUUGUGUGGCAUGGUCUCCUGAUUCUCAGCUAGUCGCUAGCGGAAGUCUUGACACCAGCAUCAUCAUUUGGCAUGUGGAAAAGCCUGCCAAACAUAUAAUCAUUAAGAAUGCUCAUGCUCAAAGCCAAAUCACUAGACUGUCCUGGGUAGACAAUAAUACUCUUGUUUCUGUUGGGCAAGACUGCAACACUAAAUUGUGGACCAUUACUCCGUUUUAGUGUUCUUUAUAGAUACAUUUUAUUUAUAUUUUAUUCAUUUAUUUAUUUCACGCAUUAAUACUUGCAUUUGGUACUAUAUCAUGUGAUCUAUUAACAUUUCUUAUUUGAUAUCACUCACUCAAAAUGAUGUGCAUUGCUUUAACACUUGUAUUUUGUAAUGUGAAUAGUGUCUAGAGGACUGUACUAGGAGUGUUAUACGAAUUUACUUUUAUGGAGAUGCUUUAUAUUAUUAUCUAUGAAUUAAAUUGAUAACUUCAUCA